ACAUGCUGUAAUCUUUGCAAUUGUAAACAUCAAAUAUUGUACACUUAUGCAACGUAACUCCUUUUCGUUGACAAGUGAAAUGUGACGAAAUGGAACGUUGAGAAACAGGCGAAAUUUUUUUUUCAUUGGUCCUUGAUCUUCGAAUGCGACUUCCGCCGAUACUUGUCGAUCAUGCUACGUAAAUUAAUUGUUGCUUCAUCAAUUUAUUUUAAACGCACUAUCUCGUCGUAAUAAAUAACAUAUAGUUGUAAUUGUGUCGAGUCGAAUGAAAAAUGGCUGCAAACGUAAGAACAGAAAUGCGAAUUCCUACACGUUCUGCUCCUCGUGCACCUGUAAACUCAACAGCCCAAAGAAAUGUUCUUUGGAGCAGCCCAAACGAUGUUUUUCCAUCUGCAUUCACACAACAACCUGUUCAAAAAAAGAAACCACCACCCAGGCCACCACCGCCAAAGUUCAGUCACUCUCAUACGCAAAAGGAUAAAUUGAGAAAGCCAGUAAGGCCGACAGAACUUUUGAGUAACUUCUUUGGGAAAAAGAGAUACGAGCAUUCAAAUGUACCACAAUUAAAUAGCCAGAUACAUAAUGGAAGAAUACAGCCAGAAAAUAUAAAUGGAUCUGUGUGUCUGAUAGAUCUUAGUCCACCUGGAUCUCCAACAUUUACAACUAGAUCGAGUAGUGAUGGUGUUAGCAUCGAUAGUUUCGGCAGCGAUGGUAACUCGAAUCCAUCUGCAUUCACUAGCAGUGGAAACACAUCUCAGACAGAGAGUGCCUUUGAAGAUGAUUUCGACUUUUUUGGAAUGUCCACUAGAAGAGUGCCACAAAACGAUCCCUGGCAGAUUAAUUCUGACCCAUUCGGGCCGAUAGAAGUAACUAAUCAUAAUACAGUGCAGUCUGUGAAUCGCAUGGGAGAUGCAUGUUUUUUUGCUUUUAACACGAACAAACAUACUAAUAAUCAAGUACUUUCUAAUCAGGCACCUUUAAAAACUGCUCAGUCGAUGCCGACCAUUAUUCGUGCAAAACCACCCAAACCUCCAGCGCCAAAGAUUUUACAGAAGAAAAUUGAACAAAAAAUUAAUUAUCUCGAAACUGACUUUACACGUUCAAAUAAAACAGUGCCUCUCGUUAAACCAACGACAUUAGAUUUAACUAAUACAUGGCCGGAUGAUUCCAAAAAUAGUCCUUCACCACCGAUGCCUACGAUACCACCACCUGCACCACCUCCAGAAUAUUUAACAGAGAUGAAUAACGAUUUCUCGGCUGGUAUCGGACAACCAUAUGGUAUAGCAUUGUACGAUUUUCCGUUGACACAAAAGGGUGAUUUACCUUUUAAAGAGGGAGAUGUUAUACACCUGAUAAGGAAAGUUAACGAUGACUGGCUGGAGGGCAGAAUAGGAACUUUGCAAGGAAUACUGCCUGCCAAUUUUAUUGAUAUAAAAGUACCAUUGCCCGGUGUUCCAGACAACACGGUUACUGCUAUUUAUCCAUUUGAGGGUGAAACAACAGACGAUUUAACAUUCAGUGAAGGAGAAAAGAUAACAGUUUUAUCGAGGAUAUCGCAGGAUUGGUUAUAUGGUGAGUGCGGAGGCCGAAAAGGGCAAUUUCCAACAAAUUACGUAAACAGAAUCCCAUGUGAUUUUACAUUGCCGCAUUAAUCUGCAUGUUGUAUUAUGUUCCAAGUGAUGACGCGUCAACAAUU